GUCGGUGAGACUGCACUCAUCCUGUCAUGCACUAGAGCACAUUGAGAGCAAGGAAUGCGGCUAUAUGUACCAUCUACCCGCCUGCAGACUUCUGAGCCUCCGUCCCACCUAUCACCUUCUCAACCCACAGUCACUCUCGCCGUUUCUUAUCAGCUUCUUCUUUGCCGCAUCUUCAGCAAGUAACUUGGAUGGUCACUCGGAUUCAUCUGCUCUCUGGCUUCCCUUCCACACCCGGCCCCGUUGCAGCAUUUCUACUCGAAACACUCACAACCGCAUAUCAUCAUGAGGCCAGAUGAGAAUAAGCUUGGACCGAUCCGUGCAGCUGGCCAUGUCAUUAACGUGGAUACCUUUGCACAAAUACUCCAAAUGGAUGACACUCCUGAGCACGAGUUCAGCGGCGCGAUUGUUUUCGACUUUCUGGCCCAAACAGAACAGUCUUUUCAGUCUUUAAAUAGAUAUCUGGAAGAAUCAGAUCUCCACAGCCUUGCGUCUCUCGGAAGUUUCAUGAAAGGGUCCGGAGAAAUGUUGGGCUUGAUGAAAUUUCAAGAGAGCUGCAAGCAACUUGAACGGUAUGGAAAACAGUUGGAUGACGACGAAGUUUCUAAGCUGGAUGAAGAGUUCUGCCUAGAUCAAAUUCGGGAACUCUCUGGUCGCCUCAAGACGGAUUUCGCUGAGGUUGAAGGGCCUUUGAGAGCAUACUACUCCCAGUUUCGUUGGCAAGGGGAUCACUAGUUAAUAAUGUCGCGGUUGCUAAUGGCGAUUGAUAAUCGCGAGCGAGCUACAGCCUGAUUUUGAGUCCAUAAUCAACCUACAAUUAGAAAAGAGAUGAAGGUUAUCGUCGAACACGAUAUAGAGUGUAUAUACCAGCUCAGUUGACUACGUUAGGAGUACUCUAUUUACUCCAUAUUCUUACCCAUGUUGGACGACUCAGGUUUUUCGAAUCCUUCUUGUUUUAAUUUUCCAUAGGGUACAUAGGUCAGAAAAGCUCCUCACCGAGGCAUAUUGCUUGA